AGGGAAGUGGAGUUGAUGAGGGGGCAAAUCCCAGCCGCACUCCUGAACAAGGCGGGGAGGGAAGGCGAGGCAGGGGAUGAGAGGGAGCCUAACACACGCAGAGCAAGGCCACGUAUGGAGCCGGGGAGGCUGCGUGAGAAUCCCCCCGGUUCUGGAGCACCGGAGGCCGCGGGCUGGACGGAACACAACCCGGCCGCAGAGGCGCAGGAGGCGGGCGGGGCGCUGAAGGAGCGCCUUGGAGACCGGGGGAGCAGCGGGCAGCCCGAGCCUGGAGCUCACGACCCCCGCAGCAGCAGCAGCAUGGACAAGGAGGGAGCUGAAGAGGACGAGGAGGAGGAGCAGUACGAUGAAGAAGAGCUGGAUCCCAGAAUUCAGGAAGAGUUAGAGCAUCUGAACCAGGCCAGUGAUGAGAUAAACAGACUGGAGCUGCAGCUGGAUGAGGCAAGAUCCAGCUACCGGAGAAUCCUCACAGACUCGGCUCGCAAACUCAACGCUCAGGGCUCACAGCUCGGUGCCUGCAUAGAGAAGGCCCGGCCAUAUUAUGAAGCACGUAGACUGGCUAAAGAGGCCCAGCAAGAGACCCAGAAAGCUGCUCUGCGCUACGAGAGGGCCGUCUCCAUGCACACCGCUGCUAGGGAAAUGGUGUACGUGGCAGAACAGGGCCUUCUGGCUGACAGGAACACUAUGGACCCUACCUGGCAGGAGAUGCUCAACCACGCAACAUCCAAGGUGAACGAAGCAGAGGAGGAGCGUCUGAGGAGCGAGAGAGAGCACCAGCGGGUCACUCAGCUGUGCCAGGAGGCUGAAGCCCGAGUGCAGACCCUGCAGAAAGCCCUCAAGAGGGUCAUCCUCAAGUCCAAACCUUACUUUGAGCUCAAGGCCCAGUUCAACCACAUCCUUGAGGAGCACAAGUCUAAAGUGGUCCAGCUGGAGGAGCGUGUGGCCAAGGUGAAGACCCGUUACUCUGUCGCCCUGCGCAACCUGGAGCAGAUCAGCGAGCAGAUCCACGCUCAGAGGGGGCGUAUCCGAGCGGCCAGGAAGCGCAACAGAGCCCGCGGGGGCCGAAGCUCUCCUGUAGGAGCGGAGUCUGAGGGCGUCAUAAAGGCGGGGGCUUAUGGGGGGCUGGGGGCAAGUCUAAUGGAUAACGAUUGGGCGGAUCAGGAGAAAACAAGGCAGUGGGUGGAGAAGCACAGGGAGCAGGGAUGGGGACAGAGAGAACGGGUGGAGAGGGCUGGGUCGGACUCCAUGUCCGUCAUCAGCCUGCAGACCAUCGCCUCGGACCUGGAGAAAUGCGACUCGGUGGAGCAUCUGGGCGACCUGAGUGACGUUGGCAGUCUUGUUGGAGAGGACAAAGAGACGGAGGGCGAGAGAGGUGUCAGGGCUGAGGUAAAAGUAGUGGUGAGAGAGGUGGCAAACGUAGCCAGACAGGAAAAGCAGGAAGCAGAAAAGGGAGCGUCUGCAGCGGAGCGGCAGCAGAGGGACAGGGAGAGUUUCGUUAAACAGCACCACAGGAGUGUUAGCUUGUGAGAAUUGCCAUGAUGACACCUUAAAACAGAGGCGUCAGGGGCGUGCUGAAGGGCAACAAUCCUGCAGAGAUUAGUGUUUUCACUCUUCUAACACACAGUGCGUCCAACUCAUCAAGGCCAUUUGUCUUGUAAACUGCAGACUUAUUAGUAUUCAGUUAUAAUUAAACAUGUAUUUAUUAUCAGCUGUACAUGAUUUGAUGAUAGCUAUAAAACUGUUUUAAAAGUUUUAACCCACAUAUAGGCCAUGAUUUAAAUUAAAAUAUUAAAUUUUAGUUAAAUUCUUAUACAUACACUGACAUGUUCAAAGUCAUGGGAUAGGAAUUAGUAUCUUAUCCCAUGGAAGCUAAACAAUGCUGCACUGACCUGCUGGAUUUGCAUGUCGGGGGGCUCCUGCAUUAAAUGUAGAUGUGAUUUCUGCCAGUUGCUUGUCUGUUUGCACGGACAAUUGUAACCAGAUGCCGCUGAUCAUGACCUUGAUCAUUACCACUCACUGCUCUGUCCACUAUAGGUGGUAAUUCCUUAUAAAGUUCAAUGACCCAUCUAUCGGGACACCCACUAUAUCAGACCUUGCUCCAACUUGAUAAUAAAAUGAUGUCUCUGGCCAGUGUUAAAUAUCCCUCACAAGAUAACACCUCACAACUUACACAUGUGUGCAAUGCAAGAGUCUGCAGUGCUGUGGUCUUCCAGAACUCAAUUCUGACAUCCCUGCCUUAAAAACCUCAAAACCUGGAGGGCCAGAGCCUUGCCUGCAGCUUUUUACGCAAGCUUUCCCAUUUGCAAAGGGCAAAUACCAUAUUGCGAUAUACAGUGAUUGUGAUAUGAUUUCAGAUAUAUUAAACCCACACAAAGCCUAUAUGUAAUGUGCUUAAAGGUUGGCCUGCAUUAUGUCUGCCAAAUUUAGUUACACUUGACAUUUAAAUUCAUUAACAAACUCACAGAAAUGCUCUGCUUUGGCUGUGGUUGGUCAGUAUGCUUACAGCAUUCUGUAUGAUUCAUUAGGCGCUUAAUCUCUUGCAAUACAAGUACUGCGCAGCUGUAUUGCAAUAAUUAUCAUUAUAUAGCUCUGGAAAAAAAUUAAGAGACCACUUCAGUUUAUAAAUCAGUUUCUCUGAUUUUGCUAUUUAUAGGUAUAUGUUUGAGUAAAAGGAACAUUGUAGUUUUAUUCUAUAAACUAUGGACAGCAUUUUUCAACAAAUUCUAAAAAAUUAAUUACUCCAGUAAUAUUGUCAUUUAUUUGCAAAAAAUGAGAAAUUGCUAAAAUAACAAAAAAGAUGGAGAGCUUUCAGACCUCAAAUAAUGCAAUGGAAACAAGUUCAUAUUCAUAGAGAGAAAUCUAUAUUUGGUGGAAUAACUCACAGUUUUCAUGCAUCUUGACAUGUUCUCCACCAGUCUUACACACUGCUUUUGGAUAACUUUAUGCCACUACUGGUGCAAAAAUUCAAGCAGUUCAGCUUGGUUUGAUGGCUUGUAAUCAUCCAUCGUCCCUUUUAAUUAUAUUCCAGAGGUUUUUAAUUUGGUAAAAUCAAAGAAACUCAUCAUUUUUAAGUGGUCUAUUUUUUUUCCAGAGCUGUAAAUAUUGUGCAGCUAGUGGUGGGAGAUAUGGCUAAAUAUUUUAUCCUGACAAUUUAAGACAUUUUUAAGGUGCACAGUAUAUAAACACAGACAGAAUGCACCAGAUGCUUUCAUGAACACUGAAGAAGCAUGCCUUUGUUCAGUGUUCUUAAAGUAGCAAUGAUGAUGAUAUCCUGAAUUUAUCAAGAUAACAAUGAAAUAUUGUCGUAUUGCCCAGCUCUAUGUGCAGCUGUGGGCUUCCGUCAGUGUUAUGGGUCUUGCCUUUCUUUAAACUUUAGAUUCUGCUUUUCCUCUGCAACCACUGACAGGUGUAAUAACCGGAACGCAGCGUGAACAAGGGGAAAGCGUGAAAGCUGCACAGGAAGGGCUCAGACACUCCAGGUCCUUGCUGCUGCGACCUAGAGAUAAAAGUUCAUUUUGUCGCUCUUCAGAGGGAAGAAAGUAGUAAUUAUACAAAUAAUAAUGUAUAAACUCAUCAUCAAAAAAUAUUUGCACUUAGAAAGACAUGUUGGAUUGCGAUGCUAUUCUAAAGAUGUGGAAGAUACAGGUUACCGGGAAAAAUAUAAAUAUAUAAAUAUAAAUAUACUAUAAAUAUAGACUUGAAUGGACUGUUGUUUAUUAAGCUACACAUACAGAAGUAGUGUGUGUAAUGCAUGUUUAAACGCAAGACAUCUAGCUAUUGAGUCGUAGAGAUAACUAAUGAUGCCCUGUGAUAAUCAAAUAAUCAGUCCUAUGCAGCUUCAAUUUUUAGUCAAUUCCUGCUGAAUUUGCAGUAUGGGUGGAGUGUUAAUAGUGUGUCAUAGCAUCCCACACAUUUUGAAUCAGGUAUAGGUUAGGCAAUGAAGCUGGCCCUGGCAUAGCAUCUGUGCCUUCAAGGCAAGCUCUUAAGAUGGCAGCAGUAUGUGGACGAGCAUUGUCCUGUUGAAAUAGCAAACCAGUGUGUGUGUGUUCAAAAAAGGGAGUUAUUGACGUAAUAUAAUUUUGGACUGUCGUAUUGCCUGGCAUCAUGCAAAAUUGCAUCCCACACCAUGACACCAGGCCUACGUAUUCAAGAAGACCUGCUGCCAUUCUGCUUUUGUCUUGGUUGAAAUGACAAGCUAAUCCACAUCUGGAUGCACUGUGGUCAGCACCAAGAUGAGUGGUUUGUUGUCACGGUCACUGACCUGGAGUCAUGGUGUUGGUACAUUUUGGCAUUUUGACAGUUCAUCAUUACAUUAAUAAGUUCCUGCAACCAGUAGCCUGAUCUUUUCUGAUCCCACACUUCGGUGGGCUAUUCCAGCAGGACAAUGCUUGUCCGCAUACUGCUGCUGUCUCAAGAGCUUGCUAUUACCAGCUGUGUCGUCAGACCUAACCCUGAUUAAAAAUGUGUGGGUUGCUAUUAGAUGCUCUAUCAACACUCCACCCGUACUGAAAAAAUCUGCAGUGUCUGGUGUGGAUAUUUAAGCAGCAUAUGAUGAAUUAUCAUAGGAUACCAUUAGGAACCUCUACAACUCUACAACACCAAGACUGUGGCAGUUCACGAUACUUCUGUAUGUGUAACUCAAUACAUUUUCUCCAUAUUAGUCUAAAAUUGUAAUAAUUUGUUGUUCCUGAUAACCUCUUUCUCUCUUUUGAAUGCCAUUGCAAUCUGACUUCUUCCUUCUGGGUGCAACUAUUAAUUUGAUGAUGAGAUAAAAAAUAGUGUUAAAUAAUAUAAUAGUAUAGUCUUCUCUCUGGAGAAAGGAGAGUUGUUUUGUUAUUUUCCUCAACAUCAGAAGGAAAUAAAAGGUUCAUGCAGGGGGAUGGAGGAGUUCGUGACGAGUAGUCAUGAGGUGGACUGUGGACGAAUGCAAACUGGCACAGUAUUGUCAUUGAAACUCUGCACCGGAGCAGAGCCGGAUCUGAUAGUCUUUUACAUAUUAAUGAAUAACAAUGAGGUGGGACACGUUUGGGGGGGAUUCGGCGUGCCCACUGGGAGUUGUAGUUCUCACACUCUGAUCCUUUCACACUGUUUAACUAUCAGAUCAGUCACGGAGACUGAGCAAUAAAAGAGAAUCGGAGAGGGGAGAGGAGGUGCAGCUGGAGUCGAACCGAAAGACUGAAAAUAGAUCCUGCUGCACAUCAUGGAUCUGCUGAUAAAAAUAGUAUCAGCUGCAUUGACCAUUUCCUCUGUGCUGAACCUCAAAGACCUGCAUGUGAGAUAGAGGGAAAGAAAGAAUGAGAGAUAAGGAAGAAGAGAAGAGGGGGAAGGGGAGUGAGAUAAGGGGAAAGAGAGAGAGAGAGAGAGAUGGAUGGAUAAAUGGAGUUCAGUGGUUUAUCACUUCGAUCUGUGCUGGCUUAAUUUGCUGAUGUUUCAUGCAUACACUGUAACAUCCAUGGCAUUCUUACUGGAGUCACUUCUUUCUUUAUUACGCUGAACUUUUAUGUUUAACACUCGGACACAACUGGAAGCAUGCUCAUCUGUUUUUUUUCUUCCCUGUGAAGUGGUACGACUUUGUAUUCCUUUCUUUCUUUUUUCUUUCUUUUUUUUUUUUUUUGUCUUGUUUGGAAACCCGACUUAUGAAAGCUACAAAAAGUGAAGCUGGUCUGGAGUGCCUUUCUUUUAGUCAGAGCUGUCUGUGUUAGUUUAACAAAUGCAGCUGAAUGAGUGUAAACUUCAGGGCAUCAGAUUGCUGUUUUAGGGUUCAUUUUUUUAUAUUUAUGUAGUGUUAUGAUAUUUUUAUCAGCAUCUUCAGAACAAAUUAUUUUUUGCUAAUUUAUUUUGUCUGUUUAUUUGAUGCAUCAGAUGUGUUACAGGUUCUUAUUAGUGCUGGAUUUUGUUUUGCAGUAUUGUUUUUAUUGUUUAUAUAUGAUACACAUAUGUUUACAAGUACAGCUUUGAAUGGGAUUAUUACCUGUUUACACCUGGUCACUUUUUGUAUGAAGUAUCUGGAUUAUAUGUGAGUAAAGCCAAGAUAUAUAAAGAUGCAUGUGUGAACACGCCUUAAAUGCAGUUAAAACAAGGCCAAAUCAAAACCACUUCAGGAAGUGGACUGAUCUGCAUUUGAACGCAGUGUGAACAUUUGAACGCAGUUGGAAUCUGUUUCUCCAAGAAACAUUCUACAAACAAAACUCCUCCCAGUACAACAGAAACUCAGUAAACACACUAAUCAAAUUUUUGUUAGACUAACCGAUUACUAAGUGCGAAUGCAUGUGGUUAAACUCUUCUCAAGAUACAAUCCAAAUACUAAUCACAUGAAGUUACCAGGUGUAAACAGGUUCUUGAAUAACUGACAGUAGUAUUAUAUGAAAUGAGUUUACAGGGAUGUAAGUCAUUUUUACUGGUUUGUGUAAUAGAGCUGGAUGGUAUGAAAGGGUAGCACUAUGACUAUGGUCAGUACUAUAUUGUUGGUACUUAGAGUUCCUCAGACUUCUCAUCUUUUCACUGAUUUCUGCUGUAAAUCUUCUUUUUUUUUUAUUUGAACUCAUUUUACUUAACUACACUACACAUCCUUGACUUGUAUUUUAUUCACUGUAAAGAAUGAAACUGCUGUUCUGAUCAGAACUUCACACAAGCUCUCUGUAUAUAUGAAGUUUGUCAAAGGUCAAAUUGAUGUAUGAUAUUAGAGUAAUAAUACUUAUCCUAUGAUUAAUGUAUUAAUUAUGUAAAUGUUAAUUUAUUGAACAGUUGAUGACAUUAAAACUGGAAUUUAACAUCUA